AUGGAACUGAAGAACUUGGAGAUAACCUCUUCACCUACCGCUGACUUGCCACCUGAGAUAGAAGAAGGAAAUGUUGAAUAUAAGCUCAAACUCAUUGACGUUAGUUCGGAAAGAUUUGAACAAUUAGUCACACAAAUGAAGUGGAGGUUGGAAGAAGGCUAUGGUGAAGCAAUUUAUAAAGUCGGUGUAAGCAACGGAGGAUGCUUGAUUGGGUUGCAAGAAAAAGACCUUGAGAGAUCUCUCUGUACACUAAAAUCUAUGGCGUCAAGCUUGGAUGCAGAUUUAACUAUAUUGCGCUAUUACGCCGCGCGAAAUCAGGCUCAGGAUUCAUCUAAAAGAGUAGCUGAAGUUCUGGUUAGGAGAGUUUCAGGAAAGAAAGAGUUAUUACAUUUGAAGAUAGCGGUUCUGGGAGACUGUGGCGUCGGUAAGAGCACUUUAUUGGGUGUACUGACAACAAACGAGCUUGAUAAUGGUCAAGGAAAGGCUAGAUUAAACUUAUUUAAACAUUUACAUGAGAUUGAGAGUGGUUUAACUUCCAGUGUUAGUCAUGAAGUUCUUGGCUUUGACAGUAAAGGAAAUGUAAUGAACUAUAGUGAUUCAAGGACUGCCGAGGAUAUAAUGCUAAUUUCUUCAAAACUUCUUACCUUGAUUGACCUUGCCGGCCAUCAAAAAUACUUUAAAACAACCAUUCUGGGACUUGUUGGUCAUGCACCACAUUGUUUUAUGUUUGUUGUAAACGCUAGAACUGGUUUAGGAUCUGAAACUGCUAAAAUACAGUUACGAUUAGCUGCUGCGUUAAAGAUUCCUCUAUUUGUAGUCAUAAAUAAAAUUGAUGCUUGUUCUGCGAAAAUCUUACAUCAAACCACGGAUCAAGUGAAUCAGUCUUUACAGGCAAUAUGUGAUCACCGAUCAUAUUUAAUUACCAAUUCAGGAGAAGUCAUUAUUGCAGCAUCGAAUUUUUCUAAUAAUAGCAGCCUGCGAAGUACUCCAGUAUUUCAAGUAUCUUGUACAAAGGGAAAUGGCCUUGACCUCGUAAAACAAUUCCUAAAUUUGAUACCAAUGCCAUGUGGCGAUAUACAAGUUAGAUCCGAAAAAAAGAAUUAUAUCGAAUUUCAGGUAAAUGAAAUAUACUAUGUGCCAAAUGUUGGUGUAGUCGUUGGCGGACUUUUGAGUCGCGGAACCAUACACGAAAACAAUUGCCUUUGGUUAGGUCCAUGUGAAAACGGUGAUUUCGACUAUGUUAAAAUUUGUAGUAUACAUCGAAAUAGAUUACCAUGUCAAAAAGUACAAGCUGGCCAAAUGGCCUCGCUGGCUAUUAAUAAUGUAAAUAAAGAAAAGUUACGCAAGGGCAUGGUUUUGAUAGAUCAAAACUCGACACAACCUUGUUCAUGUCAGACGUUCGAAGCCAGCGUAACUUGGCUAUCAUCAGAAAAAGUUGUAAAUAAAGGCUCACAAGUUUGUGUAUUCAUUAGAAACAUCCGACAAAGUGCUGUCGUGGAAAGGAUCACGAUGGAAGGUGAUGACGUCCGAAUUCGGUUCCGUCUGAAAAAACAACCCGAGUACAUUAUAGAAGGCAAUCGUAUUAUAUUUCGCCAGGGAGACAUAAUAGGCCUAGGAAUCGUUAAGAGCAUAGUACCUCUUCCAGCAAGCGCAAUCACAUAA